ACUUAAAUAUUUAAGAGUUGAUUGAAUUAAAAUAAAUAUAAAUUAAUAGUGUACUUGUAUAAGUUUUAAGUGAGGUGAAAUUAACAGUUCUUACGGCUUUCUUUGUAAUGUGAUAUUUCCGCUCUAAUUACUCAAGAUAUAAAAUAUCGCACGACUCCACAUAAAAGCACACAUCAUGUUAAGGGUCGUUCGAGUACACGUGCACUAAUGUACUGUUGAUGUAAGAUAGCGAUGAAGGAAAAGAAAAAGAAAAAAUGAGUGUAAGGGCUGUUAUAUUUAUACUCAUUGUCAUCAGUAUAAAAAAUAAGCGCUAAAAUGGGAUAAAAAAAUAAAAAUGUAGGAGAAAUUAUAAAUAAACUUUGUAGUGAGUAAGAAGUAGAUAUCAGUAAUUGUAAUACUAAUAAAAAUAAUAAUAAUAAUGGAUGAUUAUUGCGAGUCUAACGGUACUGAGUACUCGUUGUUUAACCACCGAAGACCUCGUGAUCCCUUAGGCGGAUCCAACGCCUCAUCGGAACCGUUGCUUGAAAUGUCAACAAUGGGAUGGGAGUACGAGCCAUUGUCGGACAUUCAGACACCGACAGGUGAUGUCACUCCGUCAUCCUCACCACCGAAGGAGACCCUUCAAAAGGUCCACUCUGCGCCGAGGGUUUGCUUUGAGCCGGAUAACCUCGAGGCUACGAGAAGACGUAGCAGCAGCAGGCUUACUUCUAUAAGGAGACGUAGUCGGAGUAUGAGCGCUUGGGGCGAUUUGUCAAGGUGUUCAUUUCGACUUGAUGAGAGAGUACGGGUCGAGUAUUACGUGAAUGAAAACACUUUCAAAGAACGGCUUCAAUUGUAUUUCAUAAAAAAUCAACGAUCAAGUUUGAGGAUACGAGUCGCAAACCUCUUCUUCAAGUUGCUUACCUGCAUUCUUUAUAUAUUCCGAGUUGUUACUGACAACGUUCCUACAUUCGCAGCAUGUUACGGGUGCGAAGCGGGAAACAAGUCGGACAUUCUGGCGUCACAAAUGCUCACAGAGGAAGCAUUUCAAGAGCACCCGACCAUCAACUGGGACGCUAUUCUGUGGGUGAGACGACCUCUGGAAUUGUGGGUCGUCCAGGUGAUUUUGGCGAUCGUAUCACUAACCGAGGCACUAUUACUCGCUUAUCUCGGAUACAAGGGAAAUGUCUGGCAGCAACUACUGUCAUUCCACUUCAUUUUGGAGCUCGUUAACACCAUUCCCUUCACAAUAACGAUACUCUAUCCGCCGAUGAGAAAUUUAUUUAUACCCGUGUUUCUAAACUGCUGGUUGGCUAAACAUUCACUUGAAAAUAUGUUUAAUGAUUUACACAGAGCAAUGCAAAGAUCUCAAUCAGCUUUAAGUCAACAAUUGAUGAUACUCAGCGUGACUUUACUGUGCCUUGUUUUCACCAGCGUGUGCGGAAUCCAGCACUUUCAGCGAGCAGGUCACAGACAACUAAAUUUGUUUCAAAGCACGUAUUUCGUGGUGGUUACCUUUUCUACUGUAGGAUAUGGAGACUUCGUGCCAGACAUUUGGCCUUCCCAGCUUUAUAUGGUCUGCAUGAUAUGUGUCGCGCUGUUAGUUCUGCCAACACAGUUCGAGCAACUGGCAUUCACGUGGAUGGAAAGGCAGAAACUCGGUGGAUCAUAUUCGUCGCAUCGAGCGCAAAAUGAGAAACACGUUGUAGUGUGCAGCACGACUUUGCAAGCAGACACUAUAAUGGAUUUUUUGAAUGAGUUCUACGCUCACCCGCUGCUUCAAGACUAUUACGUAGUACUGCUGUCGCCGAUGGAGCUGGACACGACAAUGCGAAUGAUUCUCCAAGUACCGAUUUGGGCGCAGCGGGUAAUUUACAUUCAAGGCUCAUGUCUGAAGGACGGUGAUCUUGUUAGGGCUCGGAUGAUGGACGCGGAGGCUUGCUUCGUCCUCGCGGCACGUAAUUACGCGGACAAAACUGCCGCUGACGAGCACACUAUUUUAAGAUCCUGGGCCGUUAAGGAUUAUGCACCAAAUGUCCCCCAAUAUGUUCAGAUCUUCCGUCCGGAAAAUAAACUUCAUGUUAAAUUUGCCGAGCACGUCGUGUGUGAAGAUGAAUUCAAGUACGCCUUGCUCGCUAAUAAUUGCACUUGUCCCGGCGCUUCUACCCUCGUAACUCUUCUGCUCCAUACCUCUCGCGGACAAGAAGGACAGCAGUCACAAGAAGAAUGGCACCGUCUGUACGGUAAAUGUUCCGGGAACGAAAUCUACCACAUAACACUGGGCGACUCGCGUUUCUUCGGAGAGUACGAGGGUAAAUCAUUUACCUACGCGUCGUUUCACAGUCACCGAAAAUACGGAGUCGCUCUAGUGGCGGUGAGACCCGCGGAGCUCCCUGAGUUUUACGAGGACACUAUUCUCCUGAAUCCCGGACCACGACACAUAAUGAAGAAAACAGACACGUGUUACUACAUGAGCAUAACAAAGGAAGAAAACUCGGCGUUUGUGGUCGCAAAUCAUCAGACUGGAAGUGGCACCACCGACCCAUCGCAAGUCGUCGUCGACUCCAAGACUGACAGAACCACCGCGACGGCUGGAACUGGAACUACAUCAACAACUGGAACUACAGCGACCGCCACAACUGGAAUCGCAGCUGCAACUGUCACAGGAACUGAAGGAACUGCCGGAGGAACUUUGAGCACCGGAAGCACCCCGGGAGUUGGGACCACAAUGACGUCGAUUUUUACCCCGACGACGACCCUGUCUGCGAGCGUCGCGGCUUCUGGAGGGAACGGUACAAUAGGCAUCGGUGUCACUCAACACCUGAGAUAUUCGAAUGGUUUUAAAGUACCGUGCGAUGCGACACGUGCUGUUGUUACCAAUGAGAGUGGCGAAUCGGUGUCUCCGGGCAAACCGCGUACUCACGUACCCCCGCCCGGGGCACCACCGCCACCUCAAGUUAUCUUGCAGGUUCCUAGCACGCCCACACCUCGACAUCACAACCUACUCGCAUCCGAUUUUCACCCGACUUAUUUGGAUCCGUCAAAUCUAUCGGAUUCGAGACAAUGUUUGCGUGAAGCCGGAUCAACUCCGCAAACUCCGAUCACUGGAAAUCAUCUCGACGUACCAAGAGCCAUGGAUCCUAAUCCGCAUCUAUUGAGUCCUGAAAUUUUGAUGCAAAGACGAGGAAGCCGUCGGCCGAGUAUUUUGCCAGUACCAGAUAUGCUGACUGGCUCAACACUUCACCUUCCGGGUCAAGAAUCACUCGACCACGAGGCUGACGAAUCCGAAGAUGAGAUGGACGACGACGUGCCAUGGAGAUCGCCCAGUGAAAAAAUCGCCUUCAAGGGAAUCGUGAAAGGUUUUCCACCUGUGUCACCGUUUAUUGGAGUGUCGCCGACAUUGUGUUAUUUGUUAAAAGAAAAAAAACCACUUUGCUGUCUUCAAUUAGCUCAAGUUUGCGAACAUUGUUCGUAUAGAAAUGCAAGAGAAUACAAUUGGCAGAAUAAAACUAUAAUUUUAGCGGCAGAUUAUGCCAGCAAUGGGAUAUAUAAUUUUAUCAUUCCUCUGAGAGCUCAUUUCAGAUCGAAAACAUCAUUGAACCCGAUCAUCCUGUUACUGGAAAGGAGACCGGAAAUUGCUUUUCUUGACGCCAUCUCCUAUUUUCCUCUUGUCUACUGGAUGCUCGGUUCGAUCGAUUGUUUAGACGACUUGCUGCGUGCUGGUAUCACACUUGCCGAAAAUGUUGUUGUUGUCAACAAGGAGCUUAGCAAUUCUGCGGAAGAAGAUACGCUCGCUGAUUGUAAUACUAUCGUCGCUGUGCAAACAAUGUUCAAAUUUUUUCCGAGCAUAAAAAGCAUCACAGAGCUGUCUCAGUCAAGUAAUAUGAGAUUCAUGCAAUUUCGAGCGCAUGACAAGUAUGCACUUCACCUCAGCAAAAUGGAAAAGGUACUCCUCAGUGCUACUUCCGGUGACAACUACCCCGCUGAGCCUCCGAUGGGCUCCCCGAGAGAAAAGGAGCGCGGAUCCCACAUAUCAUACAUGUUCCGUCUGCCAUUCGCCGCGGGAAGUGUCUUCAGUGCAUCAAUGCUGGACACUCUAUUGUACCAGGCUUUUGUUAAAGACUACGUGAUAACAUUUGUAAGACUCCUGCUUGGCGUUGAUCAAGCACCUGGUUCUGGAUUCUUGACCUCGAUGCAAAUAACUAAAGAAGACAUGUGGAUAAGAACCUACGGAAGACUUUAUCAGAAACUCUGCUCGACGACCUACGAAAUUCCUAUCGGGAUCUACAGGACUCAGGACACCAGUCUCGCGGACACUUCCAAUGGCGACUCUGAUGCUGAGAGCGACACUGGAUUUAUGAAAACCUACCGGAUGAAACGAUCUGCUGCGGCUUCGUGUCUUUCUAACUGCGCUAGUCGUGAUAAGGGUACAUCUGCUUACUCAGUGAGCCUAGCAGACGAAGCGCGAGACAACCAUUCUCAGCAGAUAGAGCGUGCGGAGAUAGCAAACUUAGUCCGUUCAAGAAUGGAGUCGUUAAACCUGCCAACAGUGGACUACGACGACGUGUCGGAGAAGCGAAACAGCCUUUCGUACGUGAUAAUAAACCCGAGCUGCGACCUGAAGCUGGAGGAGGGUGACAUCGUCUACCUGGUGCGCCCUAGCCCGUUUUCAGCGCAGAAAACCUUUGAGAGACACAACUCGCGAAGAAAGAGCAACAUAAGCUUCUGCUCGGCGCAGCUGGUGGCGCAGAUGUCAGCAGCCGCAGGAGGUGGCGCUGGGGGCGGCGGCGGGGGCUCCAGUCGCCGGGGCUCGGGAAUCGGUAUGGCUAGAGCACCACCUCUCGGCAGCAGCAGCAAGUCAAACUCGCUCUCCUUACCGGACAGUCCCACCGUAGCCGGUGGCCUGAGGGGCCGUUCAAACUCGCUGCGCGUGGUCGACGACAUUCUCCUGAGGCGGAGCAACUCGCUCCGUCAGGGAUUCACCACGCGGCGAAAGAGCAGCCUGGAGGACAUCGGUUUCGGUGGACUGUCCCAUCCGACCAAUCACAACCCGAUAAAGAUAGCGCUGAAUGGGUCCAUCGGGUUGGAGGUGACACCUCCCGAGGAAGGCAGCGUUGGGGCCAGUCCUGGUGCAAGCAACACCGGGAUCCUCGAGGUUGGGCUGCCUUCGAUACCGGUGAUGAGUCCUGGCUACGGUUGUGGUCUUGGUGGCAUGAGUGGCGUGAGUGGCGGCGCUCUGGGCGCGGGAUUAGGCGGCUCUCUGGGCGGCUUGUACGAUCCGCCGAUGCUCGGCCUCGCUCCUAAAUCCUCCGGCCCAAGGGAACAGGCCUCCCAGGACCCGCAACACCUACAGGGAACAAUUGUAUGAUAUAACCUCAUGUGGGGACGCAGACUUUCUAGUGUUGUGAGAAAUAAGUGGCUGUAGCGUUCCCACAUGUAGAUUUAUAGCACUUUAAUUAGGUUAGGCUAAGGGAUUUAGUUGCCAUUUUAUUCAUUUGUUGCUGGUCUUACGGCUCUUUUAUGCCUUGAUAAGCUGGAAUAUUUAGGAGGUGUCUGAAGAAAUUCUUUUAUAUUAAUUA